AUGACGAACAACUUGACUUCCCAGAGUGAGGAGACGGAGCUUGAAGUGAGACCUGGCGGCAUGCUGGUACAGAGAAGAGACGGCGAUGAUCCUGAUCACAGUCCCGGUGGUGAGCCUUCGAUCAAGAUUAAUGUUGCUCUUGUCCCUGCUCAGCACGAGGUCCAUGUCCCUGCUCAGUAUACUUUCGGUGAGUUGAAAAUGAUUAUUGAGCAGAGAACAGGUUUGGAAUGUGGGCGGCAGAAGCUGUUGUUCCGAGGUAAAGAGAAAGAAGAUGGAGAGUAUUUGCAUGAUGCCGGUGUCAAGGAUAAUGCAAAGAUUUUGGUAUUGGAGGAGCCAGUUAGUGCAGAGAAGGAACUUCCAGAGAUGCCACAACCAGAGGUGAAAGGAAGAGAGGAAGAAACAUCAACCGAAGAUAUCAAAGAAGAAGAGCAGCAGCCUUCAAUCUCUGAAGUGGAGGACAAAGAGGAGAUCUUGAAGGCGCUUCGAGCUAUUGAUGAAGUUAGGGCUGAGGUUGAUAUGCUGGCCGGAAGAGUGUCUGCACUUGAAGUUGCUGUCAAUUCUGGAACAAAGGUUGCUGAAAAGGAAUUUGUUGUAUCGGCAGAGUUACUGAUGAGGCAGUUGCUGAAACUGGAUAUGAUCAUGGCUGAAGGAGAAGCUAGGGUUCAACGGAAGGCUGAGGUGCGGCGAAUCCAGAAUUUCCACGAGCUGCUGGACAACUUGAAGGCAACAAAUGCGAAGCCAGUCAACACAAACGUCAAUGUUGCCACCGUGACGACUGAUUGGGAAACGUUUGACUCUGGAAUGGGAAGCUUGACGCCACCACCGCCGGGGACAUCUUCUUCAACUGCCAUCACCGAGGACUGGGAAAGGUUUGAUUAG